GAUCCAGCUGCAGACGCUGUGCGACUGCGCAAGACUAACCUGCCUUACGUUUUAACGGACAUUUUCUGCAUGCAAUUUUCUCAGAGAUCCUCGGAUUGAGUUCUGCGCUACUUAUUUUUGUUCUCCUACGUGUCUACGCAGUUUUCGUUUUGUUCGGUAAUUGUUUGCGGAGUCUGCUCGAGGACCGCUAUGUUGUCAACGACUCUGUCUAAAUACUAAAUUUAAUAUAAAUCGUCAAUUAUCGCUUUUGAGAAGAGGUUCUCAAUGAAAACCAACAUUUACCAAACUGAAGACUAAACAGUAACAAACUCCUGCUGCGUGCGAUUACCAUCAACUCCCAUGAGGGGCUAGUUGGCGAGAGCAGCAUUUAGUGCCAACGCCUUUCCCUUCCCAGUCCCUGGCUGCUGCUGGGAGCUUGACGAGCGGACUGAAGCGAUUUAUUUCAACCAGUUAAUAAGCAACUCUGUUCAGACGAACAGACACAAGGAAAAGUUGGUGAAAAUGGGGUGUACCAUAAGCGCCGAGGACAAAGCUGCCAUGGAGAGGAGUAAAAUGAUUGACAAACAUCUGCGAGAAGAUGAGGAGAAGUCGUGCCGAGAAGUCAAACUUCUCUUGCUUGGUGCCGGGGAGUCUGGCAAAAGCACCAUAGUGAAGCAGAUGAAGAUCAUCCAUGAAGACGGCUACUCAGAAGAAGAGUGCAAGCAGUAUAAAGUGGUGGUGUACAGCAACACCAUCCAGUCCAUCAUCGCCAUCAUCAGGGCCAUGGGCUGGUUAAAAAUCGACUUUGGGGAUGCGGCCCGUGCGAACGACGCCCGCCAGCUGUUUUCUCUGGCCGGCUCCACGGAGGACGGCGUGAUGUCCACGGAGCUGACGGCCGUGAUCCACCGGCUUUGGGCCGACGAGGGAGUCCAGGCCUGCUUCGUCCGCUCCCGGGAAUACCAGCUCAACGACUCCGCUUCAUACUACCUGAACGACUUGGAGCGGAUCUCCCAGUCCAGCUAUGUCCCCACACAGCAGGACGUUCUCAGGACCCGCGUGAAGACCACUGGCAUUGUGGAAACACACUUCACCUUUAAAGAGCUCUUCUUCAAGAUGUUUGACGUGGGGGGCCAGCGCUCGGAGAGGAAGAAGUGGAUCCAUUGUUUCGAGGGAGUCACCGCCAUCAUCUUCUGCGUGGCCCUCAGCGACUACGACCUGGUGCUGGCGGAGGACGAGGAGAUGAACCGCAUGCACGAGAGCAUGAAGCUGUUUGACUCCAUCUGCAACAACAAAUGGUUCACAGACACGUCCAUCAUCCUCUUCCUCAACAAGAAGGACCUGUUUGAGGAGAAGAUCAGCCGAAGUCCCCUCACCAUCUGCUUCCCCGAGUACUCUGGCACCGGCACCUAUGAGGAGGCCGCUGCUUACAUCCAAUGCCAGUUUGAGGACCUGAACCGACGGAAGGACACCAAGGAGAUCUAUACCCACUUCACGUGCGCUACAGACACCAAGAACGUGCAGUUUGUGUUUGACGCCGUCACCGACGUCAUCAUCAAGAUCAACCUGAAGGAGUGCGGGCUGUAUUGAGGAGAGCGUGCUGUAUAGAGGAGCUGGACCCUGCUGCAGGAUAUGGAUGGGGGAGCCCGAUCGGGACCUUGUUGGCUGUUUUUUAAUGCAAGUAAACGACAUGUUGUUUAUGACAUUGUUGCCCCACGAUUUGUGUUGUGCCUUAAAUCCUCCCUUUUGGGAAGUACUUUAGUACUUUGGUAGAAGUAGUGAACUGGCCCACGUCGUCAUGGACAUGGGACCACACAGAGUUUUAAUAUGAGCGAGGGACACUUUUCACUAGUAGCGUUGCAGGUUAUAUUUAUCGGUUGUAUUCGUUCACAAAUCUGAUCUGACUUUUCACUUACUCAGUAGAAUCAAUUUUUUUAAUGAGACACAAUCUAAUAAGGAGAAAAGCUAUUUGAGAAUUACUGUGGCAAUUCCUUUGGUGCUCUUAAGAAGGGGACUGGAUUUCAAAUAUUUCCUCCAAAUACAUUUGACAAGGUUAUAUUGGCAAUUGAUACUAUGCACAAGGACCAACAAAAACUGCUUGUUAAUCACUCCCUACUUCCAUGUUCCAUCUAUGAAAUGAUAUUAGCCGUUUUUAUUUUUUCUUCCUCUUAAUUGUAAUUGUCAAGUACAUCAUGUUUCAUUGAUUGCUCCAUCUCUUCUGCCUUUUAUUGUUCAAUUUGAAUUUUGAGUUGCACUUUGGUAUUAGAGGAUUACCUAGUUCUGCUUGAUCAGAUGUGUGUAUUUCAUAAUUUAUGUAUAGAUGAUAGUUUGUGUGGAUCAUGUGUAUAUAACCCUUCAUGUCUGAAUUGAUCAAGGUUCAGGGUAUCAUAGUUUCAUAAUCUGAACCCAUUAGGUUUUAACAUUGCAACAUAGCAGUGUAUUAACUGUAGUUAUCUUUACUUUGUAUUCUCUAUAUAUUUUUAUACCUCCUUCACUGCAGCACAAUGUGGGGCAAUGUGAAGGGACAAAGUUGGAAAGAGAUGAAUAACUCCAUCAAUGUUCACUUUUCUUUUUGGAAAUGAACAUGAAACUUUUAGGUAAUUUUAAACAUUUUAAAUGUUUUUAAUUGUAUAGGUAGUGGCAGAAAAAUAGUUUUAACAAGCAUACCAACAGGGAAAAUGUAUUCAUUAUUUUUCUAUGACCAACUCUUGACAGUUAUAGCAGAAUUUGCCAGCAGAAUUAAGAGUGAGGUUAGGAUUUGACAUUAUGAACGCAAAUAUUGAGGAUGAACUAACAAACAUGACUUGCAUGUGUGAAUCAAUUUGAAAUUUGUACAGUGGCGUGUUUCAUCUAAAGCGGAUUAAAUGGGGGCCCAAAGGGGCCGUUCUUUCUCCUGUCUCCUCGCGUUUUUUUGACAAAUCAAAGUAAACCGAAUUCCACGAAAUGUAGGAACGAACCCCAUGUGUGACGUAAAAAUAUAUCUUGUAUCUAGUACACUUCAGUGUUGAAAUUAUCUUAUCGCCAUCUCCUGGAGCACAAGCUCUAACAGGGUUCCCACGCGAUUUGGAGAAAGCUACAUGUCCUGACAAAUCGCACACUUAGCCUGCAUAACUUACGUCAUGCUCGUGUGGGGGUGUGUUCAGUCACCGACUAAAAGUUGACUUUGAAAGGAAUAUUGAACUAAAUAUCACUCACUGACAGAACUACUACUUUACAUUUCUGAACACGUGUUUGGAAGCUGUAUUAUAUCCUUUAUUUCACCUUCAUUUUAUACAAUGAUCAUGCUAACUACAACAGAGGGUUUAAUAUGAAGCCUGGCUGUCUCUCGCCUCCAUAAGGAAUCUUUCUGUUAAAUACAGACACAGGUUCUUGUCCGUUCUGAGUAAACUUAAUAUCCUCGUUUCCUCAAUACUAUUUCCUCAAAUCUAAAAAAUACUGUGGAAGUUUAAGAAAAAUUGCCUUCAUUUGUCUAUACAUUUAUUAACAAGAGUGCCUGGAAUGGCAAAUCAAACUACAUAAAGUCAUGAAGAAUUAUGCUACUAAAGGAAAUCUGUGAUUUGUUGGGUGUUUCCACAGUGCAAGCCAAAGUCCCCUCUAAGUGUAGUUAGGACAAAAAUGAAGUAUUUGCAUUCCUGUGGAUAAUUACUUUGAUUUAAUCAUGAAAUGCCUGGAACGCAACAUUCCUUUUGCCUGGGUAUUCGAAUGUGGUGUUGAAAUAUGUUGGAAUAAAUAAUUGAGUGGCAGAUAUAGAUAAUAGGGUUAGGAUAGGGAUACAGAUCAACUGUGUAUUCAAAUCUACCACAGCCAAGUAGAUUGAAGCACUUCAUUUUACUUAUUUACUUAUUUUACAUAAUCACUACAUUUAAAAUGAUACUUUCCAAUAAUGGAAUGGAGCAUGAAGGGACAUAUCCCUGAUAGUGACAGGGGUGUACAUACAAUGCAUGAAGUCGCAUUGGGGCCCAGAGCUCUGAGGGGCCUGUGUUUGGGGGCCCUUCUCUGCCCGUUCCCAGGCCUGGUCGCGGCAAAUUUUAUUUGGGCUGAAAAGGCGAUUUGCUGGCGCAAAUGAAGGGAUUAUCGGAUAUUCUUGAAGUUGACUGCCUGUAUGUCAACCAUAAUGUUUUCGGUUCAGUUGUCAUCAAAAAAUAUAUAUGAAAGGUUUCUAUCAUGCUUCUCAUUCCAAAGAGUUUAGGGAGACCGCUACCGUUCUUCCACAGAAAGGUUAGGGAAAUGCCCUCGAAAAAGGUAGGCUUGACUCUUUAUUUUAUAUACCAAUGUUCAAAAUUCAAAUUUGGAUAGUCGAUAAGAUAAUGUAAAACCAAUGUGUGUUGGUUACACUCGUAUCUUGGAUGUACUUUUACUGUUAUCAAUUAUUUCAGUGUAUUUGGAGUCAAAGGGUUGGAACAAAUAGGUUCACAAUGCCUUACGUUUACAUUUAUGAAUUUGCGGGGAAGGGAUAUGAAGGUAUACUAGGAUCAUAUAAAUAAGGCGACUCUGAGAAGCAGGUGAAGUGAAUGCAUCUUUAUUUCAUGCCUCUACAGUUCAUAAGAAAGGAUAGACUUUUACAACCCCUCUUCAAAAAAUAGCAUCCCUCUAUAGAGUUUCCCUUGUUCAUAUAUUCCAUAUAAGAUUUAUGAAUUAUUUGUCUUUCAAAAUAUAACCAUCUACUUUUAUGUACAAAGAAUCUCUACAAUGUUUUUUAUUCAACUUUUUAAAAUAUAGGACUGGUAAGUGGAUUGAAAUAAGGGAAAACUAUUUAGCAAUAAAUACAUGAACAAUGGGGUUUGUAGUCUGGAAAUAGCAUAAAAUCUCAGAAUAUUUGUCAUAUUCGAUUAGCAACUUUUCUUUUACAAAUACAAUAUCAAGACUACUGUACUUAAUAACAAAAACAAGUUGCAUCGUUGCUAUUUAAUAAAUUAAUUUCACAUUGAUAAUUUCAUGUAAUCCUUUUACAGGGAUUUCUGUUUCAUUUAUCCAAAGUAAAGGUGUCCUAUCACACAGUAGUCAAAUAAUAGGAAGAAAGCAGAUGGACUGAGC